AUGGAAAUGGUGAAGACCCUUGGGCUUGUGGAAAUUUCGUCAUCGGGAAGUAGAACAAUAGUGUGGUACUACGCCAAAAAUUUAAAUAGUACCGAAAAUUAUUCCGUGUUUCUCCGUUCACUCAUGCCCGAGUUGAAAAAUGUAUUAAAAACACGAGUACAACAAGGUGCUAUAAAAUUUAAUUUGAAUCUCGAGGCCACCUACAGCCUACCAAGCGUGCUCAAUUCACUGGAGAAUAGGGCAUUUAAAACAUCGGCGGUCAAAAUUUUUCCAGAGAGCAAUAUUACCGAGAUAUUGGAGAGAGCGUAUAUUAAGUUGUUAGUUGAGGAGGAUUUAUAUCGUGGUAGAGGUAGCGGUUUCAGGCUGCAUACUGUCGAUGGGUUAUUGCUGGCUGUAUAUAAAUAUACCCCGAUAGGCGGCUCGAUAUGUAUCGAUCUACCUCAAUCUAUAAAAGAGAACAAGGAACAAGAAAAAACACAUCAAGAGUGUACAGUGUGUAAUCUAUGUAAGUGCAAUAUAGUGGUGGUCGAUAAAGUUAGAGAUCAUGACCAUCCAUCGGGCAAAUUUAGGCAAACCCUGUGCUUUAGUGUAACUUGGCGUUAA